AUGCUUGCUAAAGUUUUUCACCUUCUAGCCUCCGUGCUCUCAAUUAGCUGUGCCAAUUACCAUAAGGCAGUAGAUGUGCCACAGGAUAUCACUCAAGAUGAGGGCCACUGUCUCUGGAAAGACAACAACGAUAUUACCUUUAUUAAUACCCUAACAUCGUCCGGACUAUUCGACAGCACUGCUCCAAGGGUGUUCAAAAACCUUGUCAACUACGGAGGCGAUAUGUGGUUCUACAUGAAGCCGUAUCCAUCAAAUGGGAAAUCCGGAUCUCAGCAAAUGGAAAAUGUGUAUCAGGGAUUGAAAAGUGCUCAGAUUAAGUUUUCACACAUCACAGUUCAUAUCGGUGACCCACAACUUUGGUCCAGCGGUUCGGAUGCCAACACAAUUUCAAAGGAUCUAAUCCAACGUGCUGAUCAACACGGAAUCUCUGUUCAAUUCUUCACUUCUCAAUCCAACUGGCACUCGAUCACCAACAACAACCGUAGCUUCUCGAGCUAUAAACUCUGGUGGGCACAUACCAAUGGAGCAGGAAAUGGUGGAGCCACUUCACCAAACUUCGAAGGCUUUGUUUCAUUCGGCGGAUGGACAUCAAGCAGUCUCGUUGGAAAAGAGUAUGCUCGGCAAGUGCAGGAGUGCGGAGUUACCGUUAAUAAAUAUGUGUAUGUGAAGUAA